AGGGUUCUUCUCGGGUACCAAUUGUGUACAGUCACUAUACACCAAUGGUUCAUAUCAUGGUGUAGUGUCUCAUCACACAAUUGAAAUGAGUUUGAGUGUGAGAAAAAAAGGAAAGGCAUGUCAACGCCCAAGGGUAGGGCAUGAUUCAAGUGUGUGGAGCGCCAUGAAUGUUAGAGCCAUCCAUAUGACAUCACCAAAAGGUUGUGUGUUGGAUUCAUCCCUUCUUUUUUUUUUUUUUCUUUUUUCUUUUUUUUUUUGGCUGGAAUCAUCCAUUCAUACUUAGAGCACUUCAAUGAAACCCACCCACCAACCCUUCUCUCUCUGUCUCACCUCUCAUGCUCAUUCAAUCCCUUCAUUCAUUGCAAUUGCAUUUCCUCUUUCUAUCUUUCCUCCUAUCUCUUUUCUCUCACCUCUUGAAGCAUGGAGGGGAUUUCUUCUUCCUUCUCUGUUGAAGAGAGGAGUGAGAAUGAAGAGUGGGUUGGUCCUCGCCUUUCUUUCUCCUGUGAUGCAGGGGGAGUAGAUCCCGGGGGAGAAACUGAAGGGUGGGAGAGCCCUUCUCACUCUCCCUCCUUCCGCCAUGGAGAAGGGAGGAGAGAAAGGCAAGUUUGCCAGAGCUAUUGCCACUCGCUCUCCUCGCCAGGAAGAGGGAGGAGAGAAAGAGGAGGGCGGCAGAGUCCCCGCCGCUCACUCUCCUACAACCCCAAUUCUGCGUCUCCAGAAUUUGAGUUUUGGAUGGUCCGGAACCCUGCAUUCCCCCCCUCCCAUCUCUCAUCUGCGGAUGAGCUCUUCCUUGAUGGCGUUCUCCUCCCUCUCCAUCUCCUCACCCUAGAAGCUGAACCCGACCCUGAUUCUGAACCAGAAACAAAGACCCAACUAGGAGCUCAACCUGAUUUUGCAUCAAAUCUUGAAACCCAACUUCAACCAGAGCUUGAUUCAAAACCAAAACCUGCGGCUCAUCUUGAAUCUGAAGCAAACCAUGAACCUCAGCCUGGCUCUGCCAGUGACUUGACAGUGGCGGUAACUCCCUCGAAGAGGUGGACGGAUAUCUUCAAAAUGGGAGAAAAGAAAACAGACACAAAGGAGAAGAAGAAGGGCAAAAAGUCUGAGAGGAGGAAGAGCUUGUCUUCUUCAUCUUCGGAGCUCAACAUUCACAUUUGGCCCUUUUCUCGAAGCCGGUCGGCAGGCAAUGAGGACCGACGGAGGGAGGCAGGGCCCACGCGCAAUGCCGUCAGCGCACCAUGCUCCCGGAGCAACUCCAAGGGAGAGUCAGGGGCCAACGACAGGCCUGUUGGCCCAAAGUCCGCCGGCCCAAGGGCCAUUGGCCAGAGGCCCAAGAAAGGGUACAUGGGGCUGGGUACUAGCCCUAGUAGGGGUAGCACAGGGGUUCAUUUGGGAAGAAAUAGCCCUGUUAGACCUCUUCUUCGACGAUCGGUCAAUGGCUCAUCAGGUGUUAAGAUUAGAGAGAAAAUUAUUGAGGGACAGAGGAGUGAUAGUUCCAUCAAAUUUGGGGGAGAGAGGACCAGUUGUUAUUCAGGUAGAGCGCGAGUGUUGAACGUCAAUGUGCCUUUAUGUAUGGGAAUGGGAUCACAGUUGCAGAGCCGAUCGAGGUGCAAUGGAGAGAGCAACGCUGGGAAUGGAGGAAAUGGGUUCAGUUUUAGGGCGCUUUUCACUAAGAAAGUAGUGUAUUAAUAUAACUUUGUGUAUAUGUCCUGCCUCUCGUGGCCCUUUUUGUUUUGGUAUGGGAUGAUUGGCUAAUUCUAUUAAUGGCUUCUGUGCUGUUCUGGUAGUGAUUUUGCAGCUAUUAGGGUUUUGGGUUGAAGAUGAGAUGUUCAGAUCCCGAAAACUCUGUUUGUUUUCCUGUUUUUUCUUAUGCUUCUUACAUGGCCUGUUUAUUUUCUGUGUUCCUUUUGUGCUUCUUACUUGGCCGAAGGGCUGCUCCUACAUGUAUAUUAAUAGCCUUUGUAGUCCUUUUAAAGCUUAUACAGAUCAGUGUAAGAUGAUGGAAUCUAGUUUGUUCUA